AUGCUAGAAUCUAGUGUUAAAAUGAUAUUUUAAUGUUUUAAUAUUAAAUGGAUUUUGAUUUAAGAGUAUGCUCUAUAAAUAAAGGAAAUUAUUUUUCAACCCUAAUAUUAUAAUUUGUUUUAUAAAUACACUCUUAAUAAAAAUGGAGAAUAUUAUACUAAAACUAAAAUCUUUCUGAUGUUGAUGCUGAUCCAAAUGAUGAAUUAUUUCCUGCCAAAUAUAACAAGAAGAAGAGCAUUCUUUUACUUAAAAAUAAGAAUGACAUGUAAAUAUAUAAUGUUAAAAAUAUCAAGGUAAUAUAAAUAUAAACUAGAUAUAGAUAAGAACAUGGAGUUUAAUUUAAAUUAAAAUGA